AUGAAAUACCUUAUCGUAUUGACCGUGGCUACGAUAGCCAGUGCAGCCCGCUUGGACAAAGUCUACCUUCCGGCUAAUUCAGCAUCAUCAAGUGGUUUUAAUGCUGGUCUACAAACACCCCUGACCUCUGGAUCCAGACCUGCUCAGAGCUACUCAGGAUCAGCUCAGAAUUACAAUUCAGCAUCUGCGCAAAGCUUUUCAUCCGCCUCUGCGAGCAGCCAAGCUGAGAUCCUGAGAUAUGAAAACGAAAUCAACGAGGAAGGCUACCAUUACGCGUACGAGACUAGUGACGGUAUCAAAGCCGAGCAAAAUGGUCGAGUAAUCCCCGGCGCUGGUCCAGAGGAAGGCUCCCUCCAGGUCUCAGGGUCAUACUCCUACGUCGGCGACGACGGACAGACUUACACCAUCACAUACACGGCUGAUGAAAACGGUUACCAAGCGAGCGGUGAUCACCUCCCCACCCCACCGCCGAUACCCGAGGAGAUCUUGAGGAGCUUACAAUUGACGGGUGGAUCAGGUGGUCAGUACGAUAGCAAGAAAAGCAGCUACGACGCUGAUGCAGGCUACUAG